AAAACGCGGGAGAAUAAAUAAAGAACACGAGGGAAAACUAAGGCUAGCAUUUUUACAUCGCACUUAGUGAUACUUAGUGGGCUGGUUUAUUUGUCGAGUUGCUUGUCCGGCUAAAUCUUACAAUUUAUCUCACAUAUAUUACAGUUGAUUAAUUUAUUAAGUGUAAAAAUAAAUAAUAAAUCAAGAUGUUUGAAGCAAGAUUAAUUCAGAGUGCUAUUCUGAAAAAAGUUUUGGAUGCAGUAAAAGAUCUUUUGUCCGAAGCAACUUUUGAAUGUUCCGAUUCAGGGAUCCAAGUCCAAGCCAUGGACAACGCUCACGUUUCCUUGGUCUCAUUAAAUUUAAGAAGUGAUGGAUUUGACAAAUACCGAUGUGACAGAAAUCUCUCAAUGGGAAUGAGUAUUCCAACCAUGGCGAAAGUCCUGAAAGGAGCUGGAUCUGAGGAUACCGUUACUCUACGAGCUGCUGAUAAUCCCGACACAAUAACAUUUAUUUUUGAGCCAUCCGGUAAAGAAAAAUUAGCCGAGUAUGAGGUCAAACUCAUCAACAUGGACCAGGAACAUCUUGGAAUUCCGGAAACAUUUUACUCAUGUGUCGUUAAAAUGCCAUCAGCUGAAUUCGCUAAAAUAGUACGUGAUCUUUCUCAAUUUGGUGAAACUGUAGCCAUUGCAUGCUCCAAAGAAGGAAUUAAAUUUUCCGCAGCCGGAGAUUACGGAAGUGCAAACGUGAAGUUGGCUCAAACAGCAGAUGACUCAAAUCCUGAGGAGGCAGUUGUUAUUGAAAUGCAAGAAACUGUUAAACAAUCAUUCUCCUGUCGUUAUUUGAAUAGUUUUGUCAAAGCAACACCUCUCUGUAGCCAAGUAAUGCUAUCUUUAUCGGCCGAUGUUCCUCUUGUUGUUGAAUAUAAGAUUGGAGAUAUAGGGCAUAUUAGAUAUUAUUUAGCGCCUAAAAUCGAUGAAGAAGAAGAAAACUCAUAAAUACUAGCGACUGUAUAAAUAUUUUUUUUUCCUAAAAGACCUUCAUCAUUUCCCUAUCAUUGAGAAUAUUUAGUAUUAAAAUUUUUUUUUUCUCAAUGAAUGUCAAAAUAAGUUAAAUAUUUGAUUUACAUGCGUUUAUGUAAAGGAUUAUAUUUAAAUGCCUCAGUGCCUUCAUAAAAUAAAUAAAAGAAUAAUAAGAAAAUAGUAAUUAUUAUUUUUGAUUGAGAAUAACAGAGAUUAAGAAUGAAAUAAAAUUAACUGUAUAUUUUUUAAGAUAAUAUAUUAUUCAAAUUUUACAUUUAAAAGUUUUGGCUUGUCACAGUGCUAGAAGAGAAUAACGCAGAAUCGACGCAUUUUUUGUAAUAGUGUGACAAUUUACAAUUAGUUAUAUAGAUCGUAUCAGUACGAAUAAAUUUUCAUUAUACAUAAUAA